AAACAGACGCCAUUUUGCAAGCGUCACUUGGCGGCGUGUGGAGUUUCCGCGUUUAUUAUCAAUAAUACGUCCACACAAAACAUAAUAUUGUUUUGUUUUUGUGUAAUAUGUCGUAUCAGUCUAGUGUAGCGCAGGAUACUUUAGCUGCGGCACAGUUGGAAAUGGCCGGUAACCCUAAUGCUUUGGCCUUGCGUCGGCCGUUUGACCCGGUGGCACAUGAUCUAGAAGCUAGUUUUCGUUUGACGCGGUUCGCUGAUCUCAAAGGAAGAAGCUGCAAAGUACCUCAAGAUGUGCUUGGAAAACUCGUCGAGUCGCUGCAACAGGACUACUCGCAGCAGGAUGACCAGUUCAUGCAUGUGGCGAUCCCACGCAUCGGCAUCGGUUUGGACUGCUCGGUAACGCCGCUUAGACACGGUGGGCUAUGUUUGGUGCAAACUACUGACUUUUUCUAUCCCCUCGUUGACGACCCCUACAUGAUGGGGAAAAUAGCGUGCGCAAACGUACUGAGCGAUUUGUAUGCCAUGGGUGUCACUGAAUGCGACAAUAUGCUAAUGUUACUAGGCGUCUCCACGAAGAUGACUGAAAAGGAACGUGACGUGGUCAUUCCCUUAAUCAUGCGAGGAUUUAAAGAUUCUGCCCUGGAAGCUGGCACUUCUGUCACUGGUGGCCAAACUGUCAUCAACCCUUGGUGCACUAUUGGAGGGGUUGCCACCACUAUUUGUCAACCAAAUGAGUACAUUGUUCCCGAUAAUGCUGUGAUGGGUGAUGUACUUGUGCUCACCAAGCCUUUAGGUACCCAAGUUGCAGUGAAUGCUCAUCAAUGGCUUGACCAGCCAGAGCGUUGGAACCGCAUCAAGUUGGUAGUGUCUGAAGAGGAUGUUCGCAAAGCUUACCAUCGCGCCAUGGACUCUAUGAGCAGACUCAACCGAAUUGCAGCUCGCCUAAUGCACAAGUACAAUGCUCAUGGCUCAACUGAUGUGACAGGAUUUGGUCUUCUUGGACAUGCACAGAAUUUGGCUUCUCAUCAAAAGAAUGAAGUGUCAUUUGUAAUCCAUAAUCUGCCUGUUAUUGCAAAGAUGGCAGCUGUAGCUAAGGCAUGUGGAAACAUGUUCCAGUUGCUUCAAGGUCAUGCCCCUGAGACCUCUGGUGGACUGCUCAUCUGCUUGCCUCGAGAGCAGGCUGCUGCCUACUGCAAGGACAUUGAGAAGCAAGAAGGAUACCAAGCCUGGAUCAUUGGUAUUGUUGAAAAGGGCAACCGCACCGCCCGUAUCAUUGACAAACCACGAGUCAUUGAAGUACCUGCUAAAGACUAGGUUGACUUGACAUAUACAUUAAAACUUAAAUAAUUUUAAUUACGACUUCAGAGCUGGAUAAAUCUUUAAAUUUUAUUUUAAACUAAUUUCUUAACACUAGAAAAAAUGAAUUUGUUUAUAGCUGUUUCUGAAGAUAAUCAACAGCAGUACUAUGGUAAAAUCAGUGUAAGAAAGCUUUUAAAAACUUAAUCUAGUGAUUGGUGUUUAUAAUUAUGUUAAGGUUCACUAUUAAAAUAAGAGAACAAUUCCAUUAGGUACCCAGUUAACCUAAAAAUUGUUUGCAGCUUGUUUUAAGGAAAACUUUUCUGCAAAUUGUGAGAUACAUAAGUAUAAUAAUUAUUAGAAUAAAGUUAUUUUUCAGUCAA